AUGGCACCUCCCCACAAUUCUUCCUCCAAACAGCUCAAUGCAAGUAGGCGAGAACUGUCGGAGGCUACCCGUUGGAUGAUCAUUGGCGUCAGACAGUGUGGUGUCACAGUCCGACAUAUUUCCGAAGUUUUUGGUGUUCCAAAAAGCACUGUUCACAACACCUGGACUAGGUUCAACUCCAUCGGCAGUGUCCAACCCCAACGUGAAGGGAGGUCCAGGAAGACUACUGAUCAUGAUGAUAGACGCUCGGGUAUGAAUGCUAUGGUGUAUUCGCCAUCGAGAUUGGACGGUCGCGCAUUGGCGACUCUUGAGUGGGUGUUCCGAAGUGCAAAUGAAAGAUGGCUACGGGAAUGUGUCAAGGGGGUGGCAAAGUCUGGAACAGUGAAAAAGAUGAUAUGGGGGUGUUUUGCUGGUGGUCUCAAAGGCACGUGUGGAGGUAUGAGGGUGGAUAUGGGGGAGAGUGUGACGGCAGAAAUCUAUAUCAGAACAUUGGACUUCUACCUAUUAGAUUUUGUACAGGAACUGCGGGAAAGAGGUAUAGAUCCAAUCUUAAUGCAAGAUAAUGCUAGAGUUCAUACGGCCGGAAUUACUAAGGACUGGUUGUUGGAGAAAAAUGUUGAAAUUCUAGAAAGCUGGCCCCCAUACUCACCAGAUCUCAACCCUAUCGAGCAUAUGAUAUCCGAGGCCCAGAGGUUCUAA